AUGAUGAUACAACCUCCAACUUGGUGGUGGGGAGAGGACUCCGAGACCGGAAACAAACCUGGGGAGGCGAACCGACUCGUAUGGCCAACGCUGAUGAAUCGAUGGCCACGUCGUGGGUCGAGAGAGUCGGUGGAGAAAGAGAGAGAAACGCCUGACAGUGGUGCAUUUGUUGUUCUUUGGAAGAGCCUGGACUCUCCGGGAGAAGAGGAGAAGAGAAGGGGCGAAACGAAACGCCGCCGAGAGUCAACAACAAGGAAUUAUUCGUCGGUUGGGGACAAGAGUGAGGAGGAGAGGCCUGGCAGGGUCGGUCCGACGAGAGCACCCCAACUCACCCACCACCCCCACCAUUCAUUUGAAACGCGAUGGCUGCACUGA